CAGGCCUGCUUGAGUAGAGGAAUCCUGUUUUACCAAACCAAAUCCUGGUUUGAUAUCUGCCUGAUUAGUAAUGACUUACCAAAAGCAUUUCUCUUUUUCAUGAUAAACCCUUCCAAAACGUUAUUUUAAUCACAGUCCAUUUUUAGAUCUUCGGUUUCAGUACCAGAGCCUAUUGGUAAGCUUGCUUCUUCUCCCAUGAUUUGUGACUUUCCUUCUCCAAGACACCCGUCCCUUGUAUUAACAUGCACUGAACACCUGCUGUCAAUCCAUUCUCUCAAGAAGCUCAGUCUAGCAGACAAGACAGCUCAUUAAGAUUUUUACAAUCCAGUGCCACAAGUAGUAUACUUAGGGGGAUGUGAAAUGCAGUGGAAACAGAAAGGACCAACAGAUGUUGCAAAAGGAAUGCAGAGAAAACCAGAUGAAAAAUGCUACCAUUUAAUGAGAUAGGGCAUGCCAAGGAAGAAAGGCUAGUGGGAGAUGGUGACAGAGACGGUGAUCAUAUGGAUUUGUUGAGAUUUCAGGUGGUGGUUGCUUAGGUUUGAAGCUCAGGGGAAGGUCUUAAUUGGAUGGCUUUGGGAGUUGCUGGCAUGAAUGAGAAUCAGAGUCCUGGACAGGGAUGAUCAUGGCUUCUCCCCCUUGCACUGGGCUUGCCGAGAGGGCCGUUCUGCUGUGGUUGAGAUGUUGAUCAUGCGGGGGGCACGAAUCAAUGUGAUGAACCGUGGGGAUGACACCCCCCUGCACCUGGCAGCCAGCCAUGGACACCGUGAUAUUGUGCAGAAGCUGCUGCAGUACAAAGCUGACAUCAAUGCAGUGAACGAGCAUGGAAAUGUGCCCCUGCACUAUGCCUGUUUUUGGGGCCAAGAUCAGGUUGCAGAGGACCUGGUAGCUAACGGGGCCCUUGUCAGCAUUUGUAACAAGUAUGGAGAGAUGCCUGUGGACAAAGCCAAGGCACCCCUGAGAGAGCUCCUCCGAGAGCGGGCAGAGAAGAUGGGCCAGAACCUUACCCGUAUUCCAUACAAGGACACAUUCUGGAAGGGAACCACCCGCACUCGGCCCCGAAAUGGGACUCUGAACAAACACUCCGGCAUUGACUUCAAACAGCUCAACUUUCUGGCAAAGCUCAACGAGAAUCACUCUGGAGAGCUAUGGAAGGGCCGUUGGCAGGGCAAUGACAUCGUCGUGAAGGUGCUAAAGGUUCGAGACUGGAGUACAAGGAAGAGCAGGGACUUCAACGAGGAGUGUCCCCGUCUCAGGAUUUUCUCGCAUCCAAAUGUGCUCCCAGUGCUAGGUGCCUGUCAGUCUCCACCUGCUCCUCACCCCACCCUCAUCACACACUGGAUGCCAUAUGGAUCCCUGUACAAUGUAUUACACGAAGGCACCAAUUUCGUUGUGGACCAGAGCCAGGCUGUGAAGUUUGCGUUGGACAUGGCAAGGGGCAUGGCCUUCCUACACACAUUAGAGCCCCUCAUCCCACGACAUGCACUCAAUAGCCGCAGUGUAAUGAUUGAUGAGGACAUGACUGCUCGAAUCAGCAUGGCCGACGUCAAGUUCUCCUUCCAAUGCCCUGGGCGCAUGUAUGCACCUGCCUGGGUGGCGCCUGAAGCUCUGCAGAAGAAGCCUGAAGAUACAAACAGACGCUCAGCAGACAUGUGGAGUUUUGCAGUGCUUCUGUGGGAACUGGUGACACGGGAGGUACCCUUUGCUGACCUCUCCAACAUGGAGAUAGGAAUGAAGGUGGCACUGGAAGGCCUCCGGCCUACCAUCCCACCAGGCAUUUCCCCCCAUGUGUGUAAGCUCAUGAAGAUCUGCAUGAAUGAAGACCCUGCUAAGCGGCCCAAGUUUGACAUGAUUGUGCCUAUCCUAGAGAAGAUGCAGGACAAGUAGAGCUGGAAGGCCCUUGCCUAAACUCCAGAGGUGUCAGGACACGGUUAAGGGAGUAUGUCUCCCCAAACCAGCAGGCCUCUGGUUGCCUCCCCUGCCUCCAGUCAUGGUACUACCCCAGCCAUGGGGCCCAUCCCCUGCCCCCAUCCCUACCACUGCAGCCCCCAAAGGGGCUAGGCUCAGAGCUUUGUCACUUGCCACACGGUAUCUCCCAGCAUGGGAGGGACCAGCCCUGCCUGUCACAAUAAAGUUUAUUAUGAAAA